UAAUUCUAAUACUAAAUCUAAGUCUGUAUAGGAAGAAUAAUUGUAUAUUAUUUGUUGUGAAUUAAAAUAAACAUGCUGGCCAGUAGGCCACUAAUACAAGUUUUUUUUGUUUGUUUGUUUGACUUUGAUUGUUGUUGUUCAAUUCCAACUCUUUUAAAAACGAAAAAAAAAAGUGAACUUUGGUGCCUAAACAACUGCUGAUGAUAAGAUUUUAAUUUUUGUUAGCUAAAAAGGAUAUAUAUAAUACUAAGAUGAAAAGGACAAAAUGGAAUAAUCGUGCUUAAAAACUUAUUACCCACUUCCACCCACCUAAUCCUGUUCAUCCGUUGAAAAUUCUUGGUGGCUUCAAGUGAUCAUUAUACAUAUUGUGUUUAAUGACAACAUUUGACCAAAUUUGAGUGUUGAUUCUAACAAGUACUAAAAUGCUUUCCAUGUUUAUCUUUUCACAGUUUAGUUUCAGGCUUAUUUGAUUUCCAGGCAAGUAAGAUGACAGUGUUAAUUGCCUACUUUCUACUGAUUUCUGCAACUUUGGCUCAUGCUCAGCGUCAAAUAGGAUACAUAAGCAUAGAUUGUGGCUCUUCUUCGAAUUUAAAUUAUGGAGACCCAGACACUGGGAUAAAUUAUGCUUCAGAUGGGGCUUACAUAGUGACAGGAGUAAACAAGAACAUUUCUUCUGAAUAUGCAUACCCAAUAGUUCCCAACCUACCAUUUCCUCUCUCAGAUCUCAGGAGUUUUCCUCAAGCAAACAAAAAUUGUUACUCCCUGAAACCUGCAGUUGGAAUUGGAGGUUUGAAUUUGAUCAGAGCCACCUUCUAUUAUGGUAACUAUGAUGGAAAAGACAAACCCCCAGAAUUUGAUCUUUAUGUGGAUGUUAAUCUUUGGUCCACUGUGAAAUUCAACAAUGCCUCUGAGAUAGUUACUAAAGAAAUUAUCACCAUGGAAACAUCAGACACCAUACACAUUUGUCUUGUGAACAAAGGCUUAGGUACUCCUUUCAUAUCAGCCUUGGAGCUCAGACCCUUAAACAGUUCUGUGUAUGGUACUGAGUUUGGCUCCAAUGCUUCUUUAGUACUCUUUCAAAGAUUGGAUAUUGGGGAAACCAAUGGAACAGGCCGAUACCAAGAUGACACGUAUGAUCGAAUUUGGUCCUCAUACAUGUCCACCAGUUGGGAUUCAAUCACAACUUCUCAAGAUGUCAAUAACUAUGAGAAUGGUUAUAGAGUGCCUUUAGAAGUGAUCAUGACUGCAGCCAGGCCAAGAAAUGGUAGUGAGGCUUUAGAGUUGAAAUGGAAUGCAACUGAUUUGAGUUCUGAGUUUUAUGUUUUUAUGUACUUUGCUGAACUUGAGCAACUUGGGAGAAACCAGUCAAGAAAAUUCAAUGUAACUUGGAAUGGAAAUCCAUUGUUUGGACCCUUUGUUCCUCGUCAUUUGUAUACAACUGUAGUAUCAAACUCGAAAGCGUUGGUUGGGAAAGAGCACCGGAUUUCUAUUCAUAAGACUAAGGAUUCUACUCUCCCGCCGAUCCUCAAUGCUGUUGAGAUUUACAUGGUCAAACAGAAGGAUGAGUUGCCAACAUACUCUGCAGAUGUUGAGGCAAUGGAAGAAGUCAAAAGCACAUAUCAAAUUACUAGAAACUGGGGAGGUGACCCUUGUGGACCAAGGAAUUUCUCUUGGGAAGGUUUAAGAUGUAGUAACAAUGCCUCGUCUCCUCGGGUCAUUUCUUUGAACUUGACCUCAAGCCGUUUGAGAGGGAAUAUAGCUUCAUCCAUAUCCAAGCUCUCAUUGCUAGAAUUCUUGGAUCUGUCUCACAACAAUUUAACUGGACCUAUGCCCAAAUUUCUAGAAGAUCUGAAAUCUCUCAAGUUACUAAAUUUAAAAGGCAACCAAUUGUCUGGUGUUGUUCCUACAGCUCUUCUGGAAAGAUCAAGGGAUGGUUUGCUAACUUUAAGUGUGGAUAAUCGAAAUCUUUGUAGCUCGGGUUCAUGCAAAAAGAAGAAUAAUAUUGUUGCUCCAAUAAUUGGAUCAUUGGCAUGUGUUGUUUUCAUCCUUGUAGUAGUGAUUAUCGUACUGAAGAUACAAAGAAGAAAGAAAAAAAGAGAUGCUGCAAAUGCUGCAAAUGCUAAGAAAUCAGGAACCUUGGCACUGAAGAAGAGUCAGUAUAACCAUGAUGAGGUUGUAGAGAUUACAAACAACUUCGAAAAGGAAAUUGGAAAGGGAGGAUUUGGGGCUGUGUACCAUGGCUAUAUGAAAGAUGGCACACAAGUUGCAGUCAAGAAAUUGUCUCCAUUGUCAUCUCAAGGGCCUAGGGAGUUCCAAACUGAGGCUGAGCUCUUGAUGAGAAUACAUCAUAGAAACCUGGCCUCUUUUGUUGGAUACUGCGACGAGCAUGAGAAUUUGGCGCUUAUUUAUGAAUACAUGCCUAAUGGCAACCUAAAAGAAUGUCUUUCAGAUAAAACUCUACAUUUGAGUUGGGAAACCAGACUUCGCAUUGCAGUUGAUGCUGCACAAGGGCUAGAGUACUUACAUCAUGGAUGCAAGCCACCUAUUGUACAUAGAGAUGUAAAGACAGCCAAUAUUCUCUUAGGUGAAAAUUUAGAUGCUAAAAUAGCAGAUUUUGGUCUUUCUAAAGUUUUUACUACCGACAACAAUGACACUCAAGCAGAAACUGCAGUUAUGGGGACAGCAGGAUAUCUUGACCCUGAGUACUACCGUUCUCAAAAGCUAACUGAGAAAAGUGAUGUUUAUAGCUUUGGAGUAGUUCUAUUAGAGCUCAUAACAGGCCAACCAGCAAUAAUCAGAAGCGAUGAAACAAUCCACAUAAUACAUUGGGUGAAUUAUAAACUUGAAGAAGAUGAUAUAACAAGUGUUGUUGACCAAAGGCUUCAAGACAACUUUGAUGUGAAUUCUCUAAGAAAAGUCUUGGAAGUUGCUAUGGCAUGUACAGCAUGCCACUCUGAAGAUAGAGCCACAAUGAGUUAUGUUUUGGCAGAGCUUAAACAGUGUUUAGGGGUCGAUUUUUCGAGGGAACAAGAAAGAGUUCCAGCACCAGGACAGAGAUUAAUCUUUCAUUCAUAUGGUAGUACACCUGAGAUGUCUUCUAUUUAUACUGAUUCCAUGAACAUGGAAUCUAUGACAGUUCCAUUGGGUAGGUAAUGAAAUCCCAUCCCACAUAGCAUUGCUUAAUAUGAAUAGCUUUAGUCAUAGUUUUUCGAGUUUGUACUUGGUUUCUUUAAGAUUGUUUUUUUUGUACAAAGAAAUUGUGAGUAAUUCUACAAAUUUUAUUGAUUGAUUUUUAAUAAUA